GCUCAGGCCGCCCAUGUUUUUCUUUGCGCCAGCGGAACCCCAUGUGGCGCCGCGAUCCAUAUGCUGCCGUCAUCCUCUUCGUCAUAACUCGGGCUGCGGCCCUGAAGGUCUUAGAUGUGGGUGCCCCCCGCACCGGCACGCAGACGCUCCAAAAAGCCCUGGGGGUUUUGGGGCUGACCACGCUUCACACGGGGCUCAACCAGAGCUUUCGAGUGCCCUUCUGUGCUUGGAUGCUGGGGGGUAAGGCGUGGAAAGCGCCGGUGCACAUGUUGGAUCGCUUUGAUGCAGCCAUGGAUGAACCCAUGCAGCUGAUCUACCCGGAAGUGAUGGAAGCAUUUCCUGAAGCCAAGUUCAUCUACACUGUGCGUGAGCCAGAGGAUUGGUUCGCCUCGUAUGACUCCGUCAUGGCUGAUUUGCGAAGACAAACCGGCAUGAAAAGGAGGACCGAAAACUCCAAGAGGUUGCGCUCCCACCCGCAGCCGUCGCAGCCCUUAGCUCCGCUCGUGGAGAAGAUCAUGGAAGCUACGGAUAAGUGGGAGUCCUGCAACGGCUGUCACUAUUGGGGCUGCAAGUUUGGGACCCCAGAGUCGGAGGAUGUGAAACCGCAAUGUCUCAAGUCCUACCAGGACCACUUCAACCAGGUGAAAGCCACGAUUCCAGCUGACCGACUGUUGAUCUACAAUCUCACAGAUGGAUGGGGCCCGCUGUGCGAGUUUCUGAACAAACCCAUCCCCAAUCAGGACUUUCCCCAUGAGGAUUGGGUGCGGUCGGGCACGGAACGCUCCCUGCGCCGGGCCGGUUUACAGCCGACGCCCGAGCGAACGACGGAAAGCGCGGUGUCCAGCGUCGGCGUAGGGCUGGUGCAGCGCACAGCGAAGGCGCUGAAAGCGGAGCUGUGAGAUGCCAUGCAUGGGCCGCUACUGAUUGGCAAUAGGGUGUAUAGAUGAUUAUAGAUGCACAUGCAUAGAACAUCAUAGAACCCUAGCAACGGUGGUGACCCAGACAUG